GUUGUUCACCCUAACAACAACUGACGCCAGUAUUACGUCUUGAAGCGCUCCGCCCAGAGAAUAGCAGCAAUGUUUGAAUCGCAGAUAGAGCAUAGAUAUUGAAUUUAACUUGGAAAACGUUGGAAAAAAAUCCAGCAAAAAUGGCUGAUACUCGAAAACAGUCUCUGUUAGAGGAGCUAAAGUUUCUACCAGAAGCAGACCCGUCAAAAUCGUCGGCAUCGGGAAAAAAGAAACUGAAAAAGCGCAGGGACAGCAAAAUUAUACAAAAGAAGAAGGUAGAUACAAAAGAACAAGAAGAUAACCCCGCUAUAUCUGUGGGUGAAGAUUUUGAAUAUAAAUGGCCGACAUGCGCUUGUGGCAUGAACCAUCCCCCGAUUCCGUCUUUCUCUCCGCCUGAUGGUAUCAGAUGCUCGUACUACUGGCAAAUUGCGGAUAGGUUUCCAUACAUCGGCCUAUACAGAACACUUACAACGGAAAUCAAAUUCAUCCAGGCUGAUCAAGACCAGAGCGGGUUAAUAGAGCAACCAGAGCUGAAAACUUUACUGCGAGACGUAUUUGGUACGGAGAUAAUAUCCGACAAAAUGCUGGAAAGAACUUUCAAGGAGGUAGAUUUGGACAAAAGUGGUACAAUAGACUUCUUUGAAGUUCUUACGAUUUUAUUCAGAUUAGUUCAGAGGACUCCAACCAAUCUACCACAAACCGUGCAGAAAGAAUAUUCCAAAGUUUGCUCGAUACAGUGAUAAAAUUCAACAAGCAAUAUUUACGUUUUUGAACUGCUUAAUUUAUUUUUACAACAUCUAAACUACAAAUAAACUAACUUUUUCCAAAAUUA